CGUGGAACCUGCACGCUUUCUGCAAUCGCGCGCGACUGCAGUGAAACAGACUGUAGCUUCCUUCUAUAGUCAUCACCAUCAACAGAAUAUUUAUAUUUCUUUUUCCUCUGAGAGAAAAUGGAAGGAGUAGGGUCUAGACUCGGUCGGGCGUCGUCGAGGUACGGUUCAGCUCCAGUAUUUAGCGGCCCAGUAAGAAAAUGGAAGAAGCAGUGGGUCACUUCUCAGCCCAACAGCCGCCUUCGUGGCAACGGCAAUGUUAUUAACAACCCCAAACUCAUGCUCUGCCGUUGGACUCCGCUCUCUUCCUUUCAUUCCGGCGACGAAACUCCUAAACGGAAGUUCCGUUAUGCACCGAUUGUUGACUUAGAAGAAAAGAAAAAGGAAGCUCUUGAUAAUGAAGCUAAAAUAAGGAAGCGAAAUCAAGCUAUCACAAGUUCAGCAUCAAACGAUAACAUCUUGAAGAAACAGAGCAUCAAUCAUAUCUUUGAGGAAGAUUUUGAGUGAAGGUUCCCCUUCUGUGCACUUCAGGAGCUGAUGACAGAUCAAUCCAUUUGCAGCGAAAGCCAGCUAAACUUUGACUUGUGCUUCGAAGGCUGUGAUUGAGAAGAAUAGUUGCUGCGUAUUUUGAUGGUUGACGGCUCCACUUGUUGUUACAGUGCCUAACUUAGAUUCUAGUGGUAUUUAGGUCUAAACCAUUGUACAUAUAACCCUCUGGUUUCCAUGCUUAACUUAGACUAUAGUUGUAUUUGAGUAGAAGCGAUUGUAAAUAUAACCCUCUUAGUUUCUUUUGAGGACUUUCUUUUGAUACUGUUUAACUUAGAUUCUGGUUGUAAAAUCAAUUUGAAGUGAUUGUAAAUACAAUCUCUAGCUUCUUUCGA